AAAGACCUUUGUGGUCUUUGUGUUCACUAUGGCUUUCAAGCCUUGUCACCUAUAAGCCAGUUCCCUGGCUUAGGUGGGCACAUCACCCUCUUCAUUACAACCUAGUAUUCAGACCUCUUUUCUCUGCCUCUGACCUCCCGGCACACCGCAACACCUACACAGUCACCGAUGAAACUCUAACCCUACAUCCUGAGGAAUGCAGGACGCAGACCUACUCGUCGCGCAGCACGCACUGCGUGGCUUCCAGCUGCGCUCCACCUGCUCCGUCUCGCUCACCUACGCCAACAGUGACAGCUCCAACAUCGGCACCGAGGAACUGGCCGCCGCAAACACGCAGGGCGCCGCCUCCACCUCGGCCGUGGUGUCCUCGGUCAAGUUUCGGCUCGACGACGUCUAUCCGCCGUGUUACUCUAUCGAGAAGCGUGCGGCGCAGCGGGUCGUCGACGGCAACAAUACAAAGCGCUCCAAUCCCCGCUGGUCGCCGUGGUGCGAAUCCCUUACCCUGAUCCGUCGAUUAACGAAAGAGCGCCACGGAGGACAAGCACGUGCUGUGCGUGAGGUCGAGGUCAGUCCUUUUAACAAGCGCCAUUGCCCCGAGGAGGACGCAGCCCUGGAUCCCAAAAUCGUGCGCGCUCUUGCGAGGCUGGUGAAGGCCCUGCCAUGCCUCCGGCACUUCUGUUCAUGGUCGCUCGCCCCGGAUGUCGACGCCUUGAUCCGCGCCUUGAACGACCACCCUAGUUAUCCUGAGCUUCACCUUCUAUACGAAGACGGGUCAAGGACUGUCGCUAGCCCGAUGCCGAGCUGGGCACGCUGGCGAGACAAGAUGAACUGGUCUAGUCCAACGUCGCUCAGCCUGGGACGCCAGCGGACCACCCGCCUAUUGCACUACUUCGGCGGACAUGCCACAGCCCUUCGGAGUCUCACGGUAGAGAAGUGGGCCCGGAAGGGCGGCGAUCACUGCCCCGAGUUGGAAGACUUCCUCUUGUGCUUUGACUCCCUGGAACAGCUCACAGUAAGGGGGCAUUUCGUGUCGAAUCGCGCGCUAUGCCAUCACCCUAGGCUCAAGCGGCUAUGUCUGCACGCCAUGGAGAUCAACAGAGGCGGGGCAGCCCACCCGACAAUGACCGUUGACGACCUGCGCGAGCUCGACACGCAAUUUCCGGGCCUGGAAGACUUGGAAAUCGACAUCUAUCGAGAUGGCAACGGAUGGCCACAAGACAUCAUCCGGGCGCUAGCAUUUGGAUUUGCCAGCAUUGAGCAGCUGGCGCUCCAUUCCGAAACCCUGGAUCUGAAGCUGGCAUGGGCCUUUGCGGAACCCUUCUUCGCGUGGCGGCGUCCGGGAUCAAAACUGAAAGGGCUCAUACUCAAGACAGGAGAAAGGCUGAGGCGGUUCCCGCAGUUGAUACCUCCGUAUAGACGUGAGGAGAUCAGGCAGUCCGUGACCGUCCACGUACAAGCACCGCGCGACGGGACUAUGGCUCUCGACGUUAUUGAUGUGAACGAUCCCAGGUCAGAGUUCUUCAACUUCUUCCAUGCAAGAUGAUAGGAUAAAUCCACUGUAGCGUGGUGUUCUCAGGUACAAUACCUGCAUUCAUUGUUCGGAGCAAGUUUGGUUGUUGCUUCUAGCCACGAUAGAAUCCAUCUGCCGUUCGGUCUGUUUUGCCCUGAACAUGUCAGACCAAGAUGGCGAGUUGUUGAAGUCUUUUUUGGGAUUGGC